GCGGUUUCCCCCGUGAGGAUCAUCCCCGGGGUGCUGGUCCCCGAUCUUCGCUGGCGGCUCCUCCCGCGUGUGGCACUGCAGCGGGUUUCAGCUGCACCGACAGGGAGGCUUUCCAAGUGGAAACACGCUGCGCAGUGUGGACACCCGCCUCCCUGCCUCCUCCCGGCUUGGCAGAGGCUGGGGCGGGUGUCUGAAGCCUUCCCUCUCCUCCCGGUUCCUUCACUGCCACCACACCGCCAACCCCACCGCACACUAGCCACCCGCGCUCAUUAAAGGGAAUUGAAAUGGGACCCCAAGAUGUGAAAAGCAGAGAUAGAGACGGAUUCCUAAUUACUGUUCUUCACGAUGCUGGGAAGUGUUUGCCAUGAACUGGAUUCGGCUUAGCAGCCACAUAGGAAACACUGUGACUUGGCACUCUGCUAAGAUGGGAAGAUCUGAGUGACCUGGAGGCGCUUAUUAAUGAUGUUGCAGCAACAUUAUCUUUAAGGGGUCCACCAGCGUUCCUGCAACCUGAGUGCAGAUUUUGUUUCUUUCCAGGGAGAAAUGGAUGCCAGAGACAAGCAAGUGCUCCGCUCCCUGCGUCUGGAGUUGGGCGCAGAGGUACUGGUGGAGGGGCUGGUUCUUCAGUACCUCUACCAGGAAGGGGUUUUGACGGAAAACCAUGUUCAAGAAAUCAAAGCUCAAACCACAGGCCUCAGGAAAACAAUGCUGCUGCUGGAUAUCCUGCCUUCCAGGGGCCCUAAAGCAUUCGAUACCUUCCUUGAUUCCCUCCAGGAAUUUCCCUGGGUAAGAGAGAAGCUGGAGAAGGCCAGAGAGGAAGCCCCAACUGAGCUGCCUACAGGUGACUGGACGGCUGGAAUCCCUUCACACGUCCUCAACAGCUCCCCAUCGGACCGGCAGAUUAACCAGCUGGCCCAGAAGCUCGGGCCCGAGUGGGAACCCAUGGUGCUGUCCCUGGGGCUGUCCCAGACCGACAUCUACCGCUGCAAGGCCAACCAUCCCCACAACGUGCAGUCCCAAGUGGUGGAGGCGUUUGUCCGCUGGCGCCAGCGCUAUGGGAAACAGGCCACCUUCCUCAGUUUGCACAAGAGCCUCCAGGCCGUGGAGGCAGACCCCUCGCUGCUCCAGCACAUGCUGGAGUGAUCCUACCUCCCCGCCCCCCCUGCCACUUGCUGGAGUGUGGGUCCCCAAGUCACACAGGCUGAACCGGACUUUCACUCGGCAAGUGGCUUUGUUCUGGGUGGGUUUUUUGUUUUUUUUCUUUUCAAUGAGCCUUAGCUGGAAGGGGAACACCUGGCUUCUACUGGCUCAAUAAUCCAACAGCUUUAAUUGCUUUAAGAUUGCAUUGUUGUAACUGCAGUUUUGAACUCCGUGGUUGCCUUUUAACAGAGGUCCAGAAGAAAACAAACCAAAAAAAAAAAAGUCAUGCUACCACUUUGCAUGCAGGUGUCCUGCAUACAAAGCAUCUACUCUUCCGUUGCCUGGAAACUGGACUGUGGACUUAGCCCUUCAUAAUGAUGAUGAUAAUAAAACGUGAAUUGUGUUGUAGAAUGCGCCUCAUUCAUGAGAAAGUCUAGUCCGCCCAUGCUUCUCUUGCAUAGAUUGAGGGCAUCAAAUUGUGGGCAUGGAAUAAGUUUGAUAGCAAAUGUGAAGUAGUGGGGGAUAAGUAGCUCAAGCAGGUUGUAUGCAUUAAGCAGGAGACACCCAAGCUCCCUGCAGAAGCCAGCAAGAGAUCUGCAGCUCUUCACCUUAACGAUUGCAUAAGAAAUCUCUGUCCAGUUGUUAAAGGUAAUUGGGUCUGAGACAAAGGGGGCUCUGUCUCCCUUGAUGCCCGAAUGGCUGAAGGUAUUGUGUUCCCGAGGCAGGUCAUGGGUUGUCCGGCCUUUCAUUGAGAACACAGUAUUAGGCAGACAGGUGUACAUGUUUGUAAGCCCAGCUCUUAAGUAGCUGAAGCAAGAUGAUCACUUCAAGGUCUAGCCUGGGCUAUCACUACAGAACAUUCCAGGUCAGCUCUAGCUGUUAGGGAGACUCUGUCUUCAAGCAAAUAAACAAAAAUUUACCAUGUAGGGUCUCUAAAAUGCUCUUUUUCAGGGCCUGUUCACUUGUGUGUUCUUAUCUGGGCCUCUCAGCAACACUGUGAGGCAUGGAUGCAAGGGUGGUACACCCUUCCUUUAGCAGGGCCAGGACCUGUGUGGGCUAACUAAGCUAGAAUGUGGUUUGCCUCUGCAGAGUGGAUUAGAGGCAGACAGCAUGCUUUCAGAGAGAGGCAUAAAAGGCUCUCCUAGGGACUGUGGAUGUAGCUCAAUUAGUAGAGUGCUCGCCCAGCCUGCUCAGCACCCUGAAUGCCAUCCCAGUACCUCAUAAACUCGGUGUGGUGGGGCAAACCCACUCCAGAAAGUGGAGGCAGGGGGAUCAAAAGUUCGGCAUCAUCCUCGUCUACACAGUGUAUUCAAGCUCAGCUUCAGCUAUGCAUAGAGGGGAGAAGGUGGGGACCACAUUAUAGAGGCCAGGGAGAUGUUAUCCUUUAUCCUUCACAGCAACCGGAGAGCCAAGUUCUUAAUUCUACAGAAUUUUCAAGGAAAAGAAAGUCUGCUGCUUAUCUCCCUCCACUGAAGGACAAGCCUAUAAAGAGGUGGAGGUGAGCAUCAAGCGGGUGCCCAGGAAGCUGGUGGGGACGCGUUGAUGUCCUUUCAGGCAUCUGAUACCCUCUUUCUCUUUUUCAAAAAGACCAGCUGUUCCACAGUUCAUUCAUUCAGCAGACACAAUCCCCAAAGCACUGUGUACUGUCCAUACCCACUCUAAUUUUCCACCCUGUGGUCCAGUCAAUACUUCAUUAUUGUAUAAAACUCACACUUUGGGCCACAUGACUAUGCCCACUGAUAGAUCGUUCUUUAGUAGUCUUCAAUAAACCACUUACCAGCUUGAA